ACAUUUCAGAUUUCACCUAAACGGAUCUGAGUCAUAGUCCUAGUAUGAGAAGCUUCUAACUAUGUUGAUAUGUAAAACUGCAGACAUUGGUUCUUGGUGGAAAUAUUAAAAGCCGCUCAUUUUAUUGGACAAGGUGAUUCAAAGAGCUUUGCUGAUUGGUCCACAGCUCAGGGAUCCAAACCCUUCCUGUCAGAGUUUCCUUUUUCCUACUAGCUUUCCUGCUCUCCAGCAUUCAGCAUCAGGGCUGGGCUUAACGUUUCCUAAAAUCUGUGUGACGACUAAGAAAAUUCCAGUCUUUAACACGUAAAACGUUGUUGGAGUACUAUUUUAGGGACGUUGCCGUACAUUUAAAGGGAAUAUUCCCCACCGUUUUAAAGAUUCCAGGGAGCAGACGUAUCCUCAGGUUUUGUGUUGCCUACAGCGAGCUUCAUAUAGGAAGUCCAGACCAAAGUUUGGAUAAGCCUUUGCACACUGCAGCCUCAGAUUUUUGUUCUUGGCUGACAGGAGUGGAGCCUGAUGUGAUUUCCUGCUGUUGUAGAUCAUCCACCUUAAGGUUCAGUGUGCUGUGCAUUGUACAUACCAUUCAGUUGACCACGGUUGUGAGGCCAGCGUAUUGAGCAGCGCACACCCACCCCCCACCCCCCACACCCUCACACACAUUCCCAGAGCAUGCCUAUGAGUCCACCUGCCGACGGCAAACAUGAGGCUCCCGACAGGCCGCGGCAACAGCACGCCCCUACCAACGGAAACCAUGGAGACGACAGCAUUCGUGGCUCUCCGGGGUCUAAGGGCGUCUCCAACGAUUCCAUGGAAGAUCUCCACGGAAAUGCCGUCAUUAUCCGCAUCGGAAUCCCUGACCUUCAGCAAACAAAGUGUCUGCGCUUGGACUUGGAGGCUCCGGUGUGGGUGUGUAAGCAGCGGGUUUUGGUUACUCUGACGCAGAGCCUGACCGACGUUCUGAAUUAUGGCCUCUACCUCCCGGCCUUUAACGGCCGAGCCGGCAAGUUCCUGGAUGAAGAGAGACUGCUCAGGGAGUAUCCUCUCCCUACUGUCACACCUGUACCUUACCUAGAGUUUCGCUACAAGAGACGCAUUUACACUCAGAGCCAUGUGGACGACAAGCAAUUAGCCAAACUUCACACUAAGGCCAAUCUGAAGAAAUUCAUGGAGUAUGUUCAGCAAAGAAGUGUGGAGAAAGUGUGCAGGUUCCUGGAGAAAGGGCUCGAUCCCAACUUCCAUGAUGUAGAAACUGGAGAGUCACCCCUUACCCUUGCAGCACAGUUGGACUCGAGCGCUGAGCUGAUUAAAGUUCUAAGGAGCGGAGGAGCUCAUUUGGACUUCAGAACCAGAGAUGGCAUAACCGCAAUUCACAAAGCUGUGCAGACCCACAACCACAUAGCUCUAACUACCCUGUUGGAUCUGGGAGCGUCUCCGGAUUAUAAAGACAGCCGUGGGCUCACUCCUCUGUACCACAGUGCUAUGGUGGGGGGUGACCCGUACUGCUGUGAACUGCUGCUGUAUGAUCACGCUCAGCUCGGCUACAGCGACGAGAAUGGCUGGCAGGAGAUCCACCAGGCUUGUCGUCACGGAAAUGUGCAGCACCUCGAGCACUUGUUGUUCUAUGGAGCUGAGAUGAGCGCGCAGAAUGCCUCAGGAAACACAGCGUUGCACCUCUGUGCUCUCUACAACCAGGAUGGCUGUGCCCGAGUGUUGCUAUUUCGCGGAGCAAAUAAAGACAUCAAGAACUACAACAAUCAGACAGCAUUCCAGGUGGCCAUCAUCGCAGGGAACUUUGACCUGGCUGAGAUCAUCAAAAUCCAUAAAACCUCAGACGUAGACUGUCUCUCUGUUGCAGUGCCUUUCAGGGAGAGCCCCUCAUACUCGUCUCGGCGCCGUGGGGUGUGUGUGUCCCCGCGCCGCUCCCUGAUGCGUUCGGCCAGCGAUAACGCACUGGACGAGAGUCUGCCCGCACCCUCACCAGCCCCUUCACUACACAGCCUGCCUCCUCUAGAGCCUGAUAACAUCAAUCCGAGCCCACACAGCCCACAGGGGGGACACACACGCAGCCUCAGGAGACAAGCACGUGGACAUCUCAGCCCUGGCAGUCCUGUGCAGAGGGAUCCCAGUCCCCCUGCUGUAUCGCGAGGGCCAAAGCGGAGGCUCUACAGCGCGGUACCUGGCCGUACCUUCAUCGCUGUCAGCUCACACACUCCGCAGGGUGAGGGUGAGAUCACACUCAACCGCGGGGAGAGGGUCAAAGUGCUCAGUAUAGGUGAAGGAGGAUUUUGGGAAGGCUCGGUAAAAGGACGAACCGGUUGGUUUCCUGCUCACUGCGUAGAGGAGGUUCAGCUGAGACAGUACGACCCCCGACUAGAAACGAGAGAAGAUCGCACCAAGAGGCUUUUUAGACAUUACACAGUUGGCUCCUAUGAUAAUUAUUCCUCCUACAGUGAUUAUGUAAUUGAAGAAAAAACUGCCACGCUACAAAAGAGAGACAGUGAGGGAUUUGGCUUUGUUCUUCGAGGGGCUAAAGCUGAAACUCCAAUUGAAGAAUUUACUCCAACUCCUGCGUUUCCUGCGCUGCAAUAUCUGGAGUCAGUAGAUCUGGAUGGGGUUGCAUGGAGGGCGGGGCUACGAACUGGUGAUUUCUUAAUUGAGGUGAACGGGGUCAGUGUAGUAAAAGUGGGCCAUCGGCAAGUGGUCUCUCUGAUUCGGCAAGGUGGGAGUCGUCUUCUUAUGAAAGUGGUGUCAGUGACCCGAAAACCCGACACCGGAGACGUAGUUCGCAAAAAGGCUCCUCCACCACCCAAGAGAGACCCCAGCACGAGCCUAACCCUGCGCUCUAAAAGCAUGACCGCAGAGCUGGAAGAGAUGGCAUCAAGGAGAAGAAGGGGAGAGAAGUUGGAUGAGAUGCUGAGUUCUCCAAAAGAGACAGUCGUGGUGAUGAGGCAACGGCCUUCAGACGCAGACUCCAGAGCAGCCACUGUGAAACAGAGACCGACAAGCCGACGUAUCACACAGGCCGAGAUUAGUUCUUUGUUGGAAAGGCAAGGGAUGCAAAUAUCUCCUGGUGUGUCACUUGGUGUGGAUAAAAGUCACAUGCAACUGCACGGGAUGACCAGAACCAAAUCAUUUGGUGCACCAGAAGAUGAAAGAAUAUCUGCUUUAAUUGGGGAGCACCGCUUUCCAAGAAGCUCCUCAAUGACUGACAGCUUUCGACAAGACAGUAUUCCACCUCCACCACAAACUGCACCUCCUCCACCUCCUACACCAUACUUCCUGGAAUCAGGUCCUCCCCCAUCUUUCUUGCCUCCUCCACCCCCAACACGUGCAGCCAAUCAGACUCGUUCAAGCUUCCGGCCAGGUGCAGAGCCCAAGCUCCAUGGUCCUGUCACAACAGACCGCCAGAGGAAGGCACGUUCUAUGAUUAUUCUUCAGGACACCGCCCACCUUCCAGUAGAGCCCGCCCCCAUUCCCAGGCCAGCAACACCUACCUCUGGGGCAGCUCCUCCUGAGCGUGGUCGUAGGCGUGGCCAGGCUGUGGAGAACCCAUAUGCCAAUGUGGGUCGACUAAGUGCAGUCUAUACCCCUACCAAGCCCCAGCGCAGAAAGAGUCCACUGGUCAAACAAGGUCAGGUUGAGGAGGGCACAGCCGCCCAGGCUGGAACUGGUAGGGAUCCUUCUCCCCUAGGAGGAGCUCGAAUCCCUCACAGCAGCCGAGCAGAGCAGUUCCAGCAGCAGGUGCUCUCUGAGAGGGCUAGGAUUACACCUCCAGGAGCUCGUCGCAGGACCAGUGUGUUCCUUUCUGUUGAGGGGAGCACCACCGAGCCUCAAACCACCCCCUUACUAUCCCAGUCACAUUCAGUGGAUGAGCUGGCUGAGCUGCCCCCUCCAGCACCUAUGCUUUCUCCUGGUCUGCCACCAGGAGGUUCCACAUUUAUACAUCCUCUCACGGGGCGUCCAUUGGACCCCUCCUCUCCAUUAGCACUUGCUUUGGCUGCAAGAGAGCGAGCACUUAGUGGACGUACUACACCAACUCCCACUCCCACUCCCUCACCAUCACCCACUCAGGGCAGAGUUGUGGAGAGACCAGAGACAGAGGGAGGAGUCACGCCACCUGCUGCUCUUGAGGCUUCACCUUCUGAUUCCUGGAGGGAAGAGCCUGUAAGCAUCACGACAGAAACUGCUAGUCCAGUGACAAAUGGCAGCCCUGUAUCUGGGCGAAGUUUGGAGGAGUCCAUCGUGACACCAACCGUGCAGAUUGUCCAAUCAGCAUUGAUUGACACAGAUCACAGUCAACCAGUAGUUCCACCUUCUAUGCCUUCACCUGCCCCGACGCUUUCAAACCUGGCAGGGCGGAGCAUGACGAUGAGUUCAGAGGAGGAAGCAGAGCCCUACACAGUCACCUUGCCUCCUGCACUUCUCUCAUCUAGUGAUGAAGAAACAAGGGAGGAGCUCCGCAAGAUUGGCAUAGUCCCACCCCCUCAACCUUUUGCCAAUGGCCUUUUAAUAAAGGAAACACCCAAAGUCACUAUCAGCAUUUCUCCAGGUGCAUCUCCAAGGCCUUCUAUAGCAAAGAUCUCCUCUGGCAAAGCAAGUGAUUCCACUGCAGACUCCGGUGUUGAGGACCCCCACAUGGAGACUACAAGUACUGUUUCCACAGUCUCUAGCAUGUCCACUUUGUCGUCAGAGAGCACAGACUCUGCCCACGCCAGCAAGCCACGUUGUGGGGUGGGCCGCGGCCGCCCCGCCCAUCUCAGGGACCCACUGCUCAAACAGUCGUCAGACAGUGAGCUGCUUCCACACCCACCCAGCACAGGCCCGGUUCGCCCACGCUACCUGUUCCAAAGACGAUCUAAACUCUGGGGGGAAGAGCCUAGGGCUCAAGUGGGCAUAGGUGAUGAUAGUAGGCCUGCUGCAAUGGGAGCAGAGUUACUAAGUAAAGAUUCACAUUCUCUAGGCGAGGAGCCACCAAUGGGAGCCCUAGACCCUGGCAGAAGGUCACCAGUGGGUGGCGCCAGAUGUAAGGAGAAUGGAGAAGAGAGUAAAUCACUCUUCAGCAGCCUUGGUGAGCUCCACACCAUCUCACAAAGGAACUAUGGCACCACUUUCACCAUCCGACCGGGCAGCCGCUACCCAGUUACCCGCAGGACACCCAGCCCUGGGGCCACUCCAGAGCGAAGUGAGCCUCUGGGGCCAAUGCGUGCAUUUGGUCCCCACCACCAUCACCAUCACCACCAUACUAUUCUCAAGUCCUCCAGCCUGAGCCUCCCACAGGAGCCCAAGGAGGUGCGCUUUGUUAUGCGGAGUGCCAGUGCUCGUGCCCGCAGCCGCUCCCCUUCCCCAUCGCCCUGUGCCUCCCCCUGUCCCUCACCAGUUUUGGGUGCUCCACUCCUGGCCCUUCGGCCCUUCAGACAGCGCCCUCUUGCUCUGUGGAGCAAGUAUGAUGUGGGCGAGUGGUUAGAGAGUGUGGGACUAGGGGAGCAUCGUGCACGCUUUGUAGAGCAUGAAAUUGAAGGUGCGCAUCUACCUGCGCUCACGAAGGACGAUUUAGCUGAAUUGGGGGUGACACGGGUGGGCCACCGGAUGAACAUUGAGCGUGCACUUAAACAGCUGUUGGAGAGCUCAGGCGCUUAAUAAAUUUGGGAGAAUAGAGUUAAAUAAAGUCUUUGCUAAAUUGUACCACUGUCAUUUGCAGGCCAGUAGCCAAACUGGCUAAAUGAUUCCUCAGCCUUACACAGGCCUUCCCUCAUGACUAAUACAUUGGAUUAAACACAUUUAAGCACAAUCCCAAAGCGUAAGACCUUUACGCUAUUAAGUCACAAUUGGUAUGUAGUCUGUAGACCUGUUGUGCUGUGUUUAAAAAAUGAGUUGAUCGAUGGGCCACGUGCCCCAGAAGGGAUCCAUCUAGUAUAUAGACAGAACUGGCAUGGCUGCUAUAUUACAAAGAGUAAACGUAAAGAUCUCAGUAAUUCACUGUUGGGAGCACUUAGACCUUUUAAAGCCAAUGCUUCCAAAGUUCCCAGGGUUUACAAUUCAUGAUAUUUAUUCACAGUGUUUCAGUCAAAAAUGCCUUGCAGGAAACUUAAAAUUUCAUACAACAUACUAGAUGAGGCUUGUAAGUGUACAAGUGACAAUCUCCCCUUAAAGGUGCACUAUGUGGAUUCAAAUUCUAAGCAAGUUUUGCUUGACCAAGUAGGCCAUAUUUAUUAUUACUGUAAGACCUAAACUAUGUGUGGAUGUUUGAACCGAUUCCACUAUUAUUUCUUAUCUAAUCUGUCUGUGAUUUUUGUAACAAUGUACUCAUUUGUAGCAUAAAAUAGGAAAAUGUUCAUGAAGCUACUGAAGUUUAACUGUCAUGUCAGUAAACAGUAUCACUUUUCAAUAAUUUACAAUGAUGUUCAGUGUAAGAAUCCAACAUAAUGCACCUUUAACCCUGAAACAAACCUUUCAUAAUACAAGUGUGGCCUUGAGACAGUACUGCCGCCAUCUAAAUUUGAUAAAGAAGAGUAUUUUCAGGAAUACAGUCAGUUUUAUAUGUAUAUGAUAUAUGUGGGCGUAUAUAUUCAAACAGAAUGUAUGAGUGUUCAAUGAAAUAUGCGUCUUAUGCCCUGUGUGUGUUUAUUUUAUCAUAUUUUAUCUUUGUUAAGUUAAAUAUUAAAUAAUUGCAUCAGCCCAAUCAUAGUUACUAUCUCCCCUAUAGUAUUCCUCGUGAUUUCUUAGAUCAAAACUAUUUGCAGUAAAGAAAUAACUUCGUUUAACUUAGGAAUCAGGUUAAAUCACCGCUUAUUGGUUUUUGUCCUUUAUGAAUAAAUGUGAGGUGAGAUUGUAUAUUGAGUAUUUAUUUUCAGUUAGAGAGGCACUUCAAAUACUAUGGGGAGUAGGUAGCAGUUUCGUUACCUUUUUGUGUUUUGGAUGGAGUAACAAGGUGUCAUGAUUUAAUGCCGAUUUGUAACAUUAUUUGGUUAAUAGAAUGUUCUUUUGUGUAAUUGGGAAUUUUGGUAUAAAACAGGCUUGGGUUGAGUCAAACGUUUAUGCUACUUAAGGGCUUACAAUCAUGCUAAUCGUGUUUAUGAUGCACAUGUGGACUGACACGAUUUUGCACAUUUUAAAAGAAAGAUGCUUGUAUGUGACAAUUAUCGCUAAACAUCAAGGAGUCUAAGAGGCAGGUUUUUUUUAUUACACCAACCAUGAAAAUACAAACAAGGUAAAAUUAUUAUAAUAAAUAAAAAAAGGCUUUUCUUUUAAUGCUGUGAAAACAUCUGGGGACUCAGUUGCCCUGAAAUCUGCCUUUUAUGACGUACAAACCUUAGCACAAUAAUGCGCUUUACAAUUAAAUCCAAUCUUUUGACACAAACCAAAGUAAGUGAGAAUUUCAGUAACCCGAUCCAUUCGAUUCUAACGAUGAACGCAAGACAAAUUUCACUUCUAUCUGUCGCCAGAAUCCUACCACGUAACUCAAGAGACUCACACUUGCCUCUCAUCCAGAUGAUACAUUUGCACAAAGUGGAGGGUGCUACUUUUUUAUAAGCCAUUUGCAUAGAACACUGCUGUUCUCCCUUGCUCUCUCGCUCUUUCUCUCUCUCUCGCUCUCUCUUGCUCUCUCCUUUCCUCUCUCUUCCUAUCAGAUGCACAAACACAUCCCACUCAAGCACAGAAUGAUACACAGCUUCAUCGAUGGUUGACAGUGCCCAGUAUGCAGCUGGCAGCCUCAGUAUAGAUGAAAUAUCCCAUCAGGCUAUAACAGAUUUUGAGCGUGUAAGAGCUGUGGAGUUGCUAAAGCAAUGAACUACUAUGAUGACUGGUCAGUGUGUGGUACCCACUUACUUGAUUUAGGAACUGAAAGGACUUCUUCCUUUAGACUUUUUUUUUUUUUUUUUUUUUUUUAAGUAUUUGUUGUAUUCAAUUUGGUAAUUUGAAGUCUGACCAUGUAUGUUUUCAAAAGAAUAUUGUACCCAAAUAUGUAAUUAUAUUUCUAAAUUUAUUGCUAAUGGUUAUGAGGGUGAAUUUGGCACAUUGUCCAUCCUGGAUGAAAUGAAAUGAUAUGAAAUGAAGUGAAAUGAAGUGAAAUGAAGUGAAAUGAAAUGAAAGAGCCUGGCCAUUUCUGUGUUGUGUUUAUCCAUGGUUCAAGUCCUGGACUUCCACAAAACUGCACUCAACACCACUUGAUGUUUAGCCAAUAAGCUGGAUUGAAACGAUGAGACGAUGUGGUGUUACGGACGUCUGAAUAUGUGAACGAUACUUUGAAGCAAUUACAAAACAAAAAGCAAACAAAA